CCCCCGGCGGGCGGCCCGGCCGCAUCUCCUUCCUUGUUAAAUAAAUAACCGGGAUCUCUUUGCCUCCUGUUUCGGACUACCAGGCAGGAGUUCCUGCAUCGCUUCACAGAGUAUCCCAGGAGCCCUGGGUUGGCCUUAGCCAGCGCCGGGAAGGAGAAGGGGCGCGUGAUGAGCUGCCGGGACAGGCCGGGCGCGGGCGGCAGCGCCGCCAUCCCUGGCACAGGGCAGGCUCCCAGCAAAGACGACAAUCCCGUGUCCCACAGGCCCCUGGCUCUGGGCCCCAGUGCUCCCAGGCAGGAUCCAUGUGUGGGGAGUCGGGGCAGGAUGGAGAGCCUGGGGCUGCCAGCAGUGACCCUUGGGGAUGGCACCGCGGCCUACCUGCAGCAGGCUGGCAGAGGUGAAAAGCUGAUUGAAGGGCAAGUCAUUGAACUUGAAGAUGGGACCACAGCUUAUAUCCAUCAGGUGACAGUUCAGAAAGAGGCUGUGGCUUUUGAAGAUGGGCAGCCAGUGGUACUGGAGGAUGGCAGCACGGCCUUCAUACACAGCACAGCUAAAGAGAGUUAUGAGCCUGGCACAUUCCAGGCUGUCCAGCUAGAGGAUGGCUCCACUGCCUACAUCCACCAUCCUGUCAUCGUGGCACCUGGCAGCACCAUCCUGGAAGUGCAGACAGAAACUGGGCUCAAAAAGUUGCCUGGGGAUGAGGAAGAUGAUGGCUUUGAUGUGGACACCAUUAAUGCAUUGCAGGAGUAUGGCAGGAAGGCUCAGGUCUGGGAAGGGAGGAGAGCUGCUGUGAUACAGCCUUUGGUGUGUCAGCAGUGGCUAAGCCAUGGCCACUGUCCCCAUGGUGACGAAGGCCUCAAAACCAAAACAGCUUCAGAUCCUGAUGUGCAGUCACUGCAGUGUCCCACCUCAAUAUCCCAGGGGUCUGAUGAGGAAGAAGAGGGAGUGACAGACACCUGCCAUAUGAAGAGUAAGGACUCUAGCAACAUCCUUUCCCAGGAUUUGCAGGAGGAGGAGGUGCAAAACAACAGGAAGGGGCAGCAGGUUGGCAGCAGAACUUUCCGCUGUGGAUACAAAGGCUGUGGCCGCCUCUACACCACUGCCCACCACCUCAAGGUACAUGAACGUGCUCACACAGGUCACAGGCCAUACACAUGUGACUUUCCAAGUUGUGGGAAAGCUUUUGCUACAGGGUAUGGGCUGAAGAGUCAUGUGAGAACACACACAGGUGAGAAACCCUACAAGUGUCCAGAAGACAUGUGUAGCAAAGCCUUCAAAACCUCUGGGGAUCUGCAGAAACACAUCCGCACGCACACAGGUGAGCGUCCCUUCAAGUGCCCCUUCGUCGGCUGUGGCCGCUCCUUUACCACAUCCAACAUCCGCAAGGUUCACAUCCGGACGCACACGGGUGAGCGGCCCUACGUGUGUGCAGAGCCUGGCUGUGGCAGGGGCUUCACCAGCGCCACCAACUACAAGAACCACAUGAGAAUCCACACAGGAGAGAAGCCGUACCUGUGCACUGUGCCAGGCUGUGGGAAGCGCUUCACAGAGUACUCCAGCCUGUACAAGCACCACGUGGUGCACACACACUGCAAGCCCUACACGUGCAGCAGCUGUGGCAAGACCUACCGCCAGACCUCCACACUGGCCAUGCAUAAGCGCAGCAGCCACGGCGAGCUGGAGGCCACAGAGGAGAGCGAGCAGGCCCUCUACGAGCAGCAGCAGCUGGAGGCUGCUGCGGCUGUUGACAGAGGCUCUCCACUGAAGAGUCAGCAUAUUGCUUUCCUGUCAGAGAGGGAGGAAGAUGAAGAGGAAGAUGCUGUUCCUACACAAGUCUCGCUUAUCUCUCAGGAUGGGACAGAGCAGGUCAGUCUGUCUCAGGAAGAGCUGCAGGCCCUGGGCAGUGCCAUCAGCGUGGUGACGCAGAGCAAGGCCCUCGCUGUGCCUGAGGGAGAGCUGGCCGGUGGUGACACUGGGACCAUGACUGUGGACAACACCAAUGGCACUGAGGCACAGGAGGUGACCAUAGUCGCCUCUGGGGCAGUGGUAUCAGAGGAAUCAGACAUGGCCCUGCUCUGUCAUCAGCAGGUGGCAUUGCUGGCCACCUCCCAUGGCACCCACAUUGCUGUUCAGCUGGAAGAGCAGCAGAGCCUGGAGGAAGCACUCAGCAUGGCCACAGCAGUCAUCCACUACGAGCCAGUAGCAGCUAACACAGCCCUGCCUGAGAAGGGCAGCUGAGACCAGCAGAGCAGUCGGGGCAGGGGGAGUGGCAGCCCCAGGCUGCCGUGUGCAGGGGAGGCGGGUGCUGCAGGCAGGACAUGGGGCAGGGACAGUGUCUGAGCCAGUGCCAGCGUGUGCUCUGUUCCAGCCAGGACACUGGCAGGGCAGCACGGGGCUGCUGGGGUGACCCUGUCUGAAGGGCUCUUCCCUCCAGGGAGGGAGGGAAAAUACACUGGGCUGCUGCCUGCUCCUGGGCUCUGAGCAGCAGCCCUCUUUUGAGGGGCACUUCCUGCCCUCUCCCUCUAGGAAUGGUCUGACAGCUCCCCUUUCUUGCCCACCCCUCCAGCUCAGGCGCGAGUGGGCAGCACAUGCACAGAAGCAAUAAAGACCCAUCAGAGCAAGUCCAGGCUGUCCUGAGCUCGGUAUGGAGGGUGGCCAGCUCCUUUCACUGGAGCCAGCACUGGGAUGACUCCACCAGCAGUUCUCCCAUCUCUUUGUCAUGCUCCUUUCUCAAGCAAGGCUUCCAUGGCAGACUCCUUGGCUGUGAACCAGAGCUGCCAGCACUUACCAGGAGCUGAACUAGACCUGGAUAUAAAUGCUGAGUUGAAAUGAAAAAAUAAAAAUUUU